GAAGUAUCUGAUGAAUUAUUUAUUGUUGCUGACAAAUUUCAUGAAAAUACAUCUAAUUCAUUACAAGAUAAUAGACUGUUGAAUUAUUUAAAUACUAUUAUUAAUGAAAACCAAAAAUUGAUAUAUGAAACUCUUCAUAGUGUUUACAAAGUAGCUUUGCAGAUAGCUUUAUUAAAUAAGUCAAGGUUACAUCAUCUUAUCAAGAUCUUGCAAGAAUUUGCAGAUGAAAAUAAUGAAUCUUCUAAUAAUGAAUUUAGUCAAAAUGACUUCUCAAGUAAUAAAGAAAGUGUUGAUUCUUACUUGCCUCAUUUACAGAAUUCAAAAAGAAGGCAUGGUAAAGGAAGACCUUUAGACAUAA